AUGGAUUACCAAACAGAGGAAUUUAAAGGGCAAAGUCCCUAUGUAGGCUAACACUAAGUUGCAUUUGAAUCUGAGAUCUAGCCAGUUGCCAUAGAUAAGAAUGGAAAUGCCCUUUACUAUCCAGAAAUUUAAAACAAAAAUUUGACUGAGAUAUACAACUACAAUUCAUUAAACUAAACUCCAAUUGUACAAGCUCCUUCUCAAACAGUAUUUCCAGAGUAGCUCAAAGAUAUGCUUACUCAUGAUCCAUACAAUGCAUACUGUGUUGAUUGUAAGGUUAACCUAUCAGAUCAUGCAAGUAUUACCUUUGGUAUAUUCCUUUGCUACGAAUGUGCCAAUAAGCAUAGAUCAAUUCUUGGGCAAGAUCAGUCCUUCAUUAAAAGUUUAUAUAAUGAAAGCUGGGAUGAUUAUUCUAUGAAAUUUAUGUUGUUAGGAGGAAACAAAAAAUUCUAUGAUUUUAUUUCAUAAUAUGACACCUAAAAUAGAGAAAUCAAAAUAAAAUAUUUGCAUAGAUCAGCUCAAUACCAUUAGAAAAUGCUAAGAGCUUAGGUUGAUGAGAAAGCAUUUGAUUACAAUCCACCUCCCAUUGAAGAAUGGAAAGCAGUGUCUUCUAAAGCAUUAGCAGAAGUUGAACUUGGCAUGGUGAAGAGUGCUGAUUGGAUGAAAGAAAAAUGGCAAAAAGCUGAUUUAGGCAAUAAAAUCAAAGGACUUUUUAAAAAAUGA